GACGAGGAUAUAUAUAUGUGAGAGGGACGGAGAUAACCUAAACCAGAGUUCUAUCUCUGCAUCUGCCGUGUCAAAUCAUUGAGAGAUACGGCAGCUUGUUCAAAAAGGUCUCGAAUUUUGGAGCAAUUCGCCCGCUUCUCUUCACAGUUGUCUCUUUAGCGACGAUUCUACGAUUUAUCAACUGUACCGUCGGCGGUUCCAUGACGGCGCCGAAGUCCGGAGGCCAUAGCCGUGUCAAAAAUUGAGGUAUUGAAACUGGGUAUCUCAUCAUCCUUGGUGAAUUGUUAGAUUUUAGUCGAUUGAAGUUGAUAUCUGCGCCGUCCGUAGCUCGGUUUCUAUAGUCGCUCCGGGAUUGCCUUAGGUUGAUUGAAUCGAUUUAAUGGCGAACACACUCGAUGACUUGGAGGAAGAUGUUGUGGUUGAGAUUCUGUCUCGGCUGCCCGUGAGAACCCUAUGCCAGCUCAAGUCGGUUUGCAAUCGUUGGAAUGCCAUAAUUUCGAGUCCCUAUCUAGUUUCUACCCACCUCAAGAACUACACGAACGGCCCAGCCGGUGAUGCCUACCAGACCCUCAUGGUCUAUGAUGCCAACCGUUACUUGAAGCCAAAGAUAUUGCAAUUUGAAUUUGAUCCUGACGGCGAUGUAUCUCGAAUCUGGUAUUUGGACAGCAUAAUGCCCAUUCUUGCCGGACCCUGCAAUGGCGUAUAUUUGCUGGGCUUUAGGGAGACUGAGGGUCAUGUGUGCCUGUGGAAUCCAACAACUGACUCGCUGUCUAGGACAAUACCAUUGCCCAGAACCGCGAAUCAAUCCGAUGGUGUUGACAGCUUCGGGUUCGGGCUGCAUAAUUCAGUCGCUGAUGAUUUCAAAAUAGUUGUGAUUCGGCAAGUCUGCCCCCUUGGCGACUGGCCUUACUACCCUAGAGAGCAACCAAGAACAGGUUGUUGGUCAUCUCCUGAGUUUCCUUCACAAGUGAUGGUGUACACACUGGGCACUGGUACUUGGAGGGUUUUGGAAGAGUUCCGGCAUCCACUCGAGAUAGUUGGAUUCACUGAGGAUUACAGGUACUUGAACGGGUUCUAUUUUUGGUUAUGUGCACCUCCCGUUGGCUUUCGAUCUUCGGAGUGAUGUUUUCCGUGUGAUAGACGACCCCAUACCAGUCACCUUUCAUGGACAAUAUGAUAAAGAGAUGAAGCAACUUUUCCUGUACAAGAAUUCGCUUGCCUUAUGUAUUAUGCAGGCGGGGAGUAGUGGUGUUGGUGGAUUUGAUAUGUGGCUACUGAGCGAACAAUGGUGCUGGAUCAAACAUUUAGCUAUUGGUCCUUUCAUUCCAAAAGAUUUGGUGGCGGUUGGAUGUUGGAGGAACAAGCAGAUUAUCGUUCGUACUGUAGAUCGGACGGAGGAGCAGAAUGACACUAAUUUGCUAUUGUUCGACCCUGCUACUCAAGCCACGAAAGUUUUAAUCCUAGAUUGUCUCCCCUCCGGAGUCCAUUACUAUAGAGAUAGCUUGGUCAAUGUAAGUGGAUGAAUGAAUGUAACUAUUGCUGGUGCGUUUAGCUGUGGGUCGGCCUUCUGUGUGUUCUAUUUAUUGCCGAGUGGGGGACUUAGGUCAUUUUGACUUAUGAUUUGUUCUCGUGAAGGAUUAUGUAGCCUGUAUUGCAAUCACUAUGUCCUUACUUUAUCCGUGUUCAUUGAAAUUUCGACAUGAAGUUAAUCAGACUCUGCGGUUCCUUCUGAAGAGAGACCCAAUUUAGUCUGUAAGUUUGGGGCUGUCUUCACAGAUAUGACUUGUUCUUUGCGUUGCUACUAACAGGCAACAGCAGUGGUUGGUUUAGCACGACGGUGAUUGUAACCAACACGAGGAACUUCCAUCUCGAUCAAGGCAACAUCGACAUUGUCAUCAAAGGAUAUGGAGGGAUCAGUGAAGCAGUGUUCACUAAAACAUACCAUGUCUUGCUCCACGGUUUGUUCUCCAUGCUCCUGAUCUUUCUCGCAAUUGGGAUUCCAGUUUUGUGUACUGCAGUGAUGUACUUCGUGAGAGAUUGUCCUCAGUCUUCAAGUGACGAUCCUUCUGAACAUUCCCAUUUCCUUUUCGUCCAAGGAGCUCUUAUUUAAAUCGGCAUAUACAUACAAACAUUCCACUGUGAUCAAAGGGGUCGCACUGCUCUGCAAUGCUCAACUCUGAUGAAUGAACUUUUUCUUGCAUAUUGAAUCUCGUAUAUCAUUUGUUAAGAUAUUGCAUAUUGAAUCGGAGUAUUGAAUAUUUAGAAGUGAUAUAUAAUUCUUAGAUUAUUAGUGUUAAUUUUCAGCCCGGUUGACCAAUAGCCUUAGAUCUCUUGCUAAUAUGAAAUGAUUGGAUUCAAUAAUCAUAAGAUGAGAUUUACUUUGAUAUGCUGGUUCAAAACCAUAUUUUAUGUGUAAUAAAUUUGUAUUAUGCAU